UGCACGACAAGCGCCACAGUUGUAAUCUUACGUUACUGAGGAUUUCUGAAAUACAUCCUUCUCAAGGCUGGACAAAGGUCAGGAAUGUCCGAAAAACAAAAUCCGUUAUAAGAGCCCGUGGAAUACUACACCAAAGUUAGGUUUUGCAAACGAGAAAAGAUUUGUAUUUUAAUCCAGUAUAUUUGUAACUUUUAUGAUAUUUUAAAUUGGUCUUGUAAGUCCGUUCCAAGAGAAAAUUGGUAACAAAAACCUUUAUUUUCAUUUAUGUACCCUUGACCAGUGGGAUUAUUGGGAAUUAUGAAAAAGCUUCCGGAGGUAAUCCUUGAGUAUACGGUUUUGCCCUUGUAUACAGUAUAUGCCUGAAGUGGUUCCUUAUUCGACAACAGAUACUAUGUUUAAAGGCGUUUUCAAUUCUAUAUUUUUAUGUCGACGAAGGGCGAUUCUCUUUAGCGAGCUUUUUGUGCCCUUGCCUUUUAUGAGCAACCAGUGCGAAACAAUUUGUCUUACUCGGUAAACCAGAACAUCCCACAUAUUGGCACAGCUUACCGUAUUCAAAUAUUUACCUAAUCUAAUGUAUUUUUCUGGAAUGCCAAUGGUUGACCAUUCCACCAUAAGCUAAGAAAAGAUACAUCUGUACGGUCGCUUCGGCUUUACACAGUAUAUGCGACAUCGCAAUGCGUCCGUCGUCCAAAACAAAUCUAUUUAUGUCUUGUUAUGCAGUGCGCAUUGGCAGCUGCUAAAACUCAAGACGGGAAUCGUGAAGGGAGUUGAAGACGUGUCUAGCGACGGUAAGCAGCUAGCAGGCUAACAUUAGGAGCUGCUGUUUAUGUUACCAGGCUAUAAUAAUCAAGCAUAUAAAUACAGUACUUUGAUGCACUUUAACAGAAAUUAUAACCUAGCUGUAAAUAGGUAGAUUAGUAGGUAGAUUACACAUCGAUAAAGACAAGUCACCUACGGAAACGGAUAAUUUGAUGAAAUGGCAAAUUGUAAUGACAAUUCAUCAUCGACAGUAAAAUCUCGCGACAUUGCAGAAUUAGAGAAGGUUUACGAAAUAACAGAACUCCUUGGAAGCGGAAGAUUCGGUACAGUACAUACAGCAAAGCAAAAAGAUACCGGCAAGGAAUUCGCCGCCAAAAACUGCGUUUGCAGACGACCUAGUCAGCGCAAAGAUGUUGAACUCGAAAUUGAACUGAUGAAUUUAUUAAAACAUGACAAACUUGUGCAACUUGUCGAUACUUUCGUCAGUAAAAAAGAAGUUGUUUUGAUAAUGGAAUUAAUUACGGGUGGAGAGCUUUUUGACAGAAUUAUAGACGAGUCGUUCGAUUUGACUGAAGAACUUGCAAGCGGGUACGUGAAGCAAGUUUGCGAAGGUGUUGGAUUCAUACAUUCAAACAUGGUGUUGCAUUUGGAUUUAAAACCGGAAAAUAUUCUUUGUCUUCACCCUCAAAAGUUGGACCAAGUGAAAAUAAUCGAUUUUGGAUUUGCUAGAAAGUACACUCCAGGCGCACAACUCAAAGUUAUGUUUGGUACCCCAGAAUUUGUAGCUCCAGAAGUCGUCAAUUUUGAUCCACUUGGACCAGGCACAGAUAUGUGGAGCAUCGGCGUAAUUACAUAUGUUUUAUUGUCUGGAUUGUCACCAUUUAUGGGAGAAGAUGACCUUGAAACACUCUCCAAUGUCACAGGUUGUGAAUGGGAUUUCGAGGAAGAUUGUUUCAAGGAUAUUUCUGACAACGCAAAAAAUUUUAUUGAGACUAUUCUUCACCCAAAAGAAAAUAUGAGAGCAAGUUGCGUGAAAUGUCUUCAACAUCCAUGGAUAAGUGGGGAAGCAAUGAAAACUGACAGGAAAAUGAGUUCAAAGUUGAGUCUAAUAACAGCUGUGGAGCAUUUGAGAAAAUUUGUGAACCGUAGGAAAUGGGCGCGUUCAAUUAAUGCCGUCCGGGCCAUAAACCGUUUCCAAACUGGCGCAAAAAAGAAUGGCGACAAUGCAAGUCCAGACAGGAAGAAGGUGCAGCGGACUAGAGAAUUAAUGGGGAAAUGACGUCAUAGAUGUAAUGACAUAUUAUUUAUCGUUGGAGCAGGGAUCAUAUGACUACCAAUCUCACAGGAGACGUCCGCCUCAUUUCUCCAGAGACAACUAGUGACUCAUCAUGAGUGUUUUUUAAAGCUAUACAGAAGUGGUGCAAGCUGUUUCAAGUUUAAGCUUAUAUGUUUCCAUUUUGAUUAGCUAUUUUUCAUAGUUGCUUUCAUAUCGUUUCAUUUAAUUUUUACGCAUCUGUUUAUAUCCAGUGUUCCCUUUGAAUCUUAUCGUUUUCCUAUUAAAUAAAUAUAAUAAAGUGUUGUUGUUUUUUUAAUUUGAAUAAAUGAAGAAAAAUUACCACA